AUGCGACGCACCAUAUCGAUCCUCAUGGGCUCUUUGGCCCUACUGGCAACAGUGACCGUCAUGGCAGUUCUCAUUGUACUCACGAACCAUACCCCCAAGGAUUCAAGUGGCCGAACUCUGUCCCAAGUUUCCGUCACGCUCGAGUCCGUUACACUUGUUACCCUCGGGUGGUUCCUCUCCACAUAUGCUUCAACUCACUUCCGCCGCUGGUCGACACGCUGUCUAGGUGUCGACUUUGGUGCCUGCCUUUUGGCCAUUCUCUUUGCUACUGUUGCAACAGUAGCCACUCUCAUUCAAUCUAGCAAAUCUACCCUCGACAGGGAGGAUAAACUUGUGCAGGCGAGCAAGCACAGCUUACUUAUUGGCUUAUCUGUUGCUCUUGGACUUUGCUUCGUUUCCCAAACCGGAUUCCUGGCCCUUCAUUUCUUCUUCACCCGAAAGAGUGAUCAUAUUCACAGCAUGGAUGAGGAGCGAGGCCUGCCUUCAUUCCGAUCCAAGACAUCGCUGAAGACGCUCCGAUAUAGCCAAACCAUUUCAGACCAUGAGACAACUCCCCGAAAGAUGGGCUAUAUGGGUUAUCAAACACCUGCUUCGUCUAUUGGCGGUCGCUCCAGGUCUGGCACAGUCACUUCUAUUAAACUUCAGCUUUCAAACGUCGUGCGGUCUGCAACCACCAAGAGCGCCUCUUCCAGCGACUCUCGUCGACCUAUCUCUGUCGGCUCGGACACAUACCGCUCUAGUGAUGAUGCCUUUGAUACCUGGGACACGUCUUCUGUCGAUACAAACAACCGCCAGGUGGUCAUGGAAGCCACCACUCCUCCUCCAAGGUCUCAAGGCCACUUUCUCGAGACCAUCCCCGGCAGUCCUACGCCAAGCAGGGGAUCAGACCCUGGUCACGAAAUGCCCCUCGAACCCCCCAGGAUCCGUAGGCGAAGUCGCAGCUUCAGCCCAGUGUCUUUAAGGCGCGAGCAACUGCACUCACAAGCGUUGAUGAACGACCUCCCAGAGCCAUCACUGAGUGAGUCGCACAUUCACCCGCUAUUCCGAUCUGACUCGCCCGAACCACCCCCAAUGGCUACACCUGGCACUGUUGUCGUGGCAUCGCCCAUCGCCGGCCAGGUCAUCACACACCGCCAGAGUGUGCGCUCUCUGCGCUCGGUCUCCACGUUCGUGGGUCCAAGCCCCCUGGGCCACCGCGAGGAGCAUGAGAGUAUUUUAGAGGAGCAGGAGUCCGAGACAGCCUCACAAAACUCGUCUGAGCGACCCCUGACCCCUCCUAUUCCAGAGUGGGUGAUGGGUGCUGGCGCUCGGGCGAGCUGGUCUGAUUAUAACAGUCGCAAGUCAAGAAUCGACGGCGACGGAGAAGCCAAGGAAGAGCAGAAGAAAUGA